CCAACACAGAGGUGAAUGUAAUGUGACCGUCGUGCAAGAGAUUGCCCCAAGCACAAGUGCCACAGAGAGCCCAAUUUUACCAGCUCGUGGCAGAGGAAGGGGCAGAGGAAAGGACAAAGGUCCGGCUUCCCGAAAAGGCAAAAAAUCUGUUCGGGAAGCUGAUCCAAAUAGGGAUGAAGUUGCCCUUUCUGUCAUUCAAACAAGGAAAGACAGAUUUCGAGAAGACAUGAAGACCAUGCCAAGGGAACAGCUUGAGGAAAUAAUAUUGGGGGUCCUUGAUGAGAACCCAGGUCUUAUAUUGGACUUUCAUAAGCCAGUAGCCAGGGGUGAAGGUGGAUACCAUCCACCUGAGGGUGCUGAGUCACCAGACUGGUGUGUGUGUGGAAAAUGCAGGGAAAUGCCAACCCAGGCAGAGCGAAUAUGCUGCGAAAAGGAGCCAAGACACAGCUUUUCUCUACUGCCUGACUUCACAGUUCUUUUGCUGGACCCUGCAGUACUGAGACUCGCGAGACUGCAGCAAAGGGACAUUCUUCUGCUGGAUGAUGCAGAUGAAGAGGACCCGCACAAGGCCAACAGACAUGCUGCCUACAGACAAUAUAUACUGUGGGCACAUGGAAGGCUUGGAGUAGGAAACAGAAGAGUUAUACCAUCAUGCUGUGUUUGGGUCAUCAGAGACAAGUACCCUAACCCCUUCCAAAUUUAUGUGGGUUUUGUUCCUGCCCGUCUUGUUUGAAAAGUUGAUGUACAGAGGACACUUUGGCAAGCAAGAGACUCAAGCAUUUUAGUAGGCAAGAGCAAUAGAGCUUGAGCCAGGCUCUGGACAUUCACGGACCUCCCUGCAGUCCAAGCAGAAGUUACUGUUGUUGGAACAGUUAUAUAUAGUGACCAGCAGAAAUGUUACUCAAGCCAAACACUUGACACUAUACUGGGCCCCUCCUGUUUAGGUGGAAGUGAUAGUGGUUGGGAUAGUUAUUUAGUGAGCAGCAGAAAACUCGAGUCAGACACUGAACAUGUACUGACAUCCAAACUGUCUAGGUGGAAGUGAUUGUGGUUGGAAUAGUUGUCUAGUAAGCUACAGAAAUAUUAUUCUAACUAGACACUGGACAUGUCCUAAUCUCCCUCCUGUUGAGGAGAAAGUGAUUGUAGAUGAAACAGUCGUAAAGUGAGCAGUGGGACUGUAACUCAAGCCAAACACUUGACCCUGCGCUGACCAACCUACUGUUUAAGUGGAAGUGACUAUGCCUGGAAAAGUUGUCAAGUUGAAAAAGUAGUCAAGUCAAGAAUUACAAGCCACAAAGUCGGGUCAGGUAAGAUUACAUAUAUAUCAAUAACCGUCAAAGCCUCAGUGGCAUGCAGCCCAAUCACAUACAUGUAAUGCACGCUCAACUGAAAGUAAAGUUCUUAGAUAUAUGCUAUUGUGACAUCUGUCAUUUUCUGCUGUCAAAUGUGUGUUGCCUGUCAUUUCAAGUACCAUUUUUUGUAAAAGUUUGGUACAAUUUUUAAUUUUGAGUGGUCUCCCUUGGACUUGUGUUGCUAAUAUAUAUCACUUCCAUUUCCAAUGGUAAAAUGUUGUAACAAAUAACUGAAUAAUUUGAAUAUGCCAUGAUGAUUAAUCGAUAUCCCGAUCAGACUAGAAUAUUAAAUAUACCAAUAGUCUGGGAUACAAAAUAGUAACAUAGGCUUCAACUCAAAUUGCUCAUGUGUAAUACUAGUAUGCUUACUUUGUUGUAAAACAACUAAAUCAAGUAAAUGUGU